UCGGGCGGGCGAGCCGCGGCGCGCGGCAUUGUGGCUGGCGGCGGGGACCGGCGAGGACCCCGGGGCCGCGGGCAGCGGCGGGGCGCAGAGGCACGCUCCGGGGCUCGGACGGCGCGGCGCGGCUGCUGUGGACGCCCCUCAAGUGCACUCACCUGGGGUCGCGCAACUUCGGAGCCGGGGCGCUGGUGCCCGGGGCGCGCUCGGAGCCCGGCUGCCCGGGGAGCGCAGCGAGGGGCGCGCCGGCGCCCGGCUGGGGAGCGCCCCGAGCGCACGGCCGCCCUCCGCGCAGCGUGGCUGCCUCUGCCCCAACGGAGGGCACGGGCUGGCGCGACCGGGCGCCCGGGAAGACGGCGAGGAGGAAGCGGCGGAGACGGAGACGGCGGCGGCGAGGCUGGGGCCAGGGAGAGCUCCCCGGGGGAGAGGCGCCCGAGCCGGGCCGCGGGAGCAUGUGGGCGCGGAGCGGAGCGCGGGGUGCGCUGCUGCUGGCGCUGCUGCUCUGCUGGGACCCGACGCUGAGCCACGCAGGCACUGAUUCUGGCAGUGAGGUGCUCCCUGACUCCUUCCCGUCAGCGCCAGCAGAGCCGCUGCCCCACUUCCUCCAGGAGCCACAGGAUGCCUACAUUGUGAAGAACAAGCCAGUGGAGCUGCGCUGCCGCGCCUUCCCGGCCACACAGAUCUACUUCAAGUGCAACGGCGAGUGGGUCAGCCAGAACGACCACGUCACGCAGGAGGGUCUGGACGAGGCCACCGGCCUGCGAGUGCGAGAGGUGCAGAUUGAGGUGUCCCGGCAGCAGGUGGAAGAGCUGUUUGGCCUGGAGGAUUAUUGGUGCCAGUGCGUGGCCUGGAGCUCCGCAGGCACCACCAAGAGUCGACGGGCUUACGUCCGCAUCGCAUACUUGCGCAAGAACUUUGAUCAGGAGCCUCUGGGCAAGGAAGUGCCCCUGGACCAUGAAGUUCUCCUGCAGUGCCGCCCACCAGAGGGGGUGCCUGUGGCUGAGGUGGAAUGGCUCAAGAAUGAGGAUGUCAUCGACCCAACCCACGACACCAACUUCCUACUCACCAUCGACCACAACCUCAUUAUCCGUCAGGCUCGCCUGUCGGACACGGCCAACUACACCUGCGUGGCCAAGAACAUCGUGGCCAAGCGCCGCAGCACCACAGCCACAGUCAUCGUCUAUGUGAACGGCGGCUGGUCCAGCUGGGCAGAGUGGUCACCCUGCUCCAACCGCUGUGGCCGCGGCUGGCAGAAGCGCACGCGGACUUGCACCAACCCUGCCCCACUCAACGGAGGAGCCUUCUGCGAUGGCCAGGCCUUCCAGAAGACCGCCUGCACUACUGUGUGCCCAGUUGAUGGAGCCUGGACGGAGUGGAGCAAGUGGUCAGCCUGUAGCACUGAGUGUGCCCACUGGCGCAGCCGUGAGUGCAUGGCGCCCCCACCCCAGAACGGAGGCCGAGACUGCAGCGGGACAUUGCUGGACUCCAAGAACUGCACCGAUGGGCUGUGCAUGCAAAAUACGAAAACUCAAAGUGACCCCAAAAGCCACCUCCUGGAGGCCUCGGGGGACGUGGCACUGUACGCGGGCCUCGUGGUGUCCAUCUUCGUGGUCGUGGCCGUCCUCAUGGUGGUGGGGGUAGUGGUGUACCGCCGCAACUGUCGGGACUUCGACACCGACAUCACCGACUCCUCUGCCGCCCUCACUGGGGGCUUCCACCCGGUCAACUUCAAGACUGCAAGACCCAACAACCCACAGCUCCUGCACCCCACUGCACCUCCGGACCUGACAGCCAGCGCCGGCAUCUACCGUGGGCCCGUGUAUGCCCUGCAGGACUCAGCUGACAAGAUCCCCAUGACCAACUCGCCCCUGCUGGAUCCCCUGCCCAGUCUCAAGAUCAAGGUCUACAACUCUAACACCACUGGCUCUGGGCCUGGCCUUUCUGACGGGGCCGACCUGUUGGGAGUCCUGCCCCCUGGCACGUACCCGGGAGAUUAUACUCGGGACGCCCACUUCCUGCAUCUUCGCAGUGCCAGCCUCGGCUCCCAGCAGCUCCUAGGCCUGCCCCGUGACCCGGGGAGCAGCGUCAGCGGCACGUUCGGCUGCCUGGGCGGAAGGCUCAGCAUCCCUGGCACAGGGGUGAGCCUGCUGGUACCCAAUGGAGCCAUCCCCCAGGGCAAGUUCUAUGAGAUGUACCUCCUUAUCAACAAGGCAGAAAACACCCUCCCGCUUUCAGAAGGGACCCAGACAGUAUUGAGCCCCGCAGUGACCUGCGGGCCCACGGGCCUCCUGCUGUGCCGCCCCGUCAUCCUCACGGUGCCCCACUGUGCCGAAGUCAAUGCCGGUGACUGGAUCUUCCAGCUCAAGACCCAGGCCCAUCAGGGCCACUGGGAGGAGGUGGUGACCCUGGACGAGGAGACCCUGAACACCCCCUGCUACUGCCAGCUAGAGGCCAGGUCCUGCCAUAUUCUGUUGGACCAACUGGGCACCUAUGUGUUCACGGGUGAGUCCUAUUCCCGCUCGGCAGUCAAGCGGCUCCAGCUGGCCAUCUUCGCCCCCGCUCUCUGCACCUCCCUGGAGUACAGCCUCAGGGUCUACUGUCUGGAGGACACGCCCGCAGCACUAAAGGAGGUGCUAGAGCUGGAGCGGACUCUGGGCGGCUACCUAGUGGAGGAGCCAAAACCUCUGCUGUUUAAGGACAGUUACCAUAACCUGCGCCUCUCCCUCCACGACAUCCCCCAUGCCCACUGGAGGAGCAAGCUGCUGGCCAAGUACCAGGAGAUCCCCUUCUAUCACAUCUGGAGUGGCAACCAGAAGGCCCUGCACUGCACCUUCACCCUGGAGAGGCACAGUCUAGCCUCCACAGAGUUCACCUGCAAGAUCUGCGUGCGCCAGGUGGAAGGAGAAGGCCAGAUAUUCCAGCUGCACACUGUGUUGGCGGAGACGCCCGCUGGCUCCCUGGAUGCCCUCUGCUCUGCCCCCAGCAGCUCAGUCACCACCCAGCUGGGACCCUAUGCCUUCAAGAUCCCGCUCUCCAUCCGCCAGAAGAUAUGCAACAGCCUGGAUGCCCCCAAUUCUCGGGGCAACGACUGGCGGCUGUUGGCACAGAAGCUCUCCAUGGAUCGGUACCUGAACUACUUUGCCACCAAAGCGAGCCCCACAGGUGUGAUCCUAGACCUCUGGGAAGCUCUGCAGCAGGAUGACGGGGACCUCAACAGCCUGGCCAGUGCCUUGGAGGAGAUGGGCAAGAGUGAGAUGCUGGUGGCCAUGACCACUGACGGGGACUGCUGAGCUGCCCUAGACAGCUGGUAGGGACUGGCAGGAGGCGGGCACAGGGAGGCCCAGGGUGGCCUUCUGCAGGGCAGCGUAGCCUCUGCCUUCUCUGCCAGGUCACAGCCGGAGUCGCCCCUGCCUCCUCCUCCCCUUGCGCAACCCCCACCACAACCAGCCUUAGGAGGCCUGAGUACUCCGCUGUUUCGAGACCCCGUGUUCUCUGUCCCCUGCUGUCUCUCCCGCCUCGCCUCUGUGUGGAAACUGGAAUGAGGCUGCAGCCUCCAGAGGCAGGGGAGCAAGGAGGUGGCCCUCCCUCCCCACCUCAGCCCUAGGACUUCUGGGUUCUGUUUGUUCAGUUUCCUUCUUCAUUUUCUUCCUCAGUUAUUGAUUUCUCCUUCCUUCCUCAGCCCCGCUUCUUCUUUCACACUAUUUUUCUCUCUGAAGAGUUAAGUACAAUUCAGACAGACUGCUUUCUCCCAUCCAAAAGCAAAAAGGAAAAGGAAAAAAAAGAAAGAAAGCUUCAGACCGCUAGUAAGGUUCAAAGAAGAAGAAAAACACCAAAACCACAAGGGAAAAGAAAAACCCAGUUUCUUAGGAAACGCAAAUGAUUUAUUAUCCAGAUAUUUGGAUAAGUCCUUUUUAAGAAAAAAGAAAAAAAAAAGAAAAACAACACAAAAAAAUAGAGAACUCUUUUCUUGGGUGUGGAUGAGUGUGGGCACGCUCGUGGUUCUGGCCAGGAGCGUGUGUGCGUGUGUGCGUGCGUGCGUCAGGAGAGAGACUGAGCAGAGUGCACUUGGCUGCUAAUGUCUUACACUAAAUUCUCGCCAGGCCUGUUUUCCCCAGUUGUACAGGGCAAAUGGUUUCAACUGGGUACCUAAUUUCCCUCUAAAAUCAUAAGCAGUCACUGAAUGCAUAAAGCCAAGGAGACCUGAGGUCUGGAGUGGGGUGGGGGCCUCCCAUGGGUCAGCCUGUAAGCUCCUCUGGGCUCCUGGGAAUGCAGAUUAAAAGAGUCGGGGCGGAAAGUGUGGGUGGGCCAGCUGUGAGCCAGGGAGAAUGUUUCCAGUGCCACAUCUGGGGGCUCUGGAGAGAGGGUGUGGCAUAGAAGAGGGGCCCUAGCAGAGAAUGUGGGAGAUGAGACUCCCACAUUCAGCAGCUGCCUCCAGCCAGGUGGCUAGAGCAGGUUGGCAUCCUCUAGAAGCCCAGGAACCUGGCUAUUCCCAGCUCAGUUUCUCCUGCAAAACAGAAGGGAUGCAUCCGAGGGCCUCCCUAGCUGCAGAAGCCCGAGCUCCUGGGCCUCGGUACUGCUCCUAGGAGCAUGUUAGCAGUCAGCCCUGCGGCGUGGGAGGCUGCGAGGCUGGGUGGCCUGGCUGUGCUUUACACGCCAGCUCAGAGUGGAAGAGGAAGGGUGGAGGGCUAUUUUCCCACCUCUGAUCUCCACAGGCACCUCCCUUCAGCCCUCAUCUCACCCUCCCUUUGCAGUCUAAGUGACCCUGAAGGAAACCAAACAGGCAGGGUUGCCAGAGUGGAGGGAUUGACACCCCUCACCAGCCUGUCCCAGAAUGUACCUGGGGUCAGCAGGGUCUCUUUUAGGCUAACUGGCCAUGCUGGGGCCAGGACCCCAAGCUGGCAUGGAGGCCCCAUCAAAGGCCUCUCCUUGGCACCCAGGACAAAGCAAAUGCCAGUUCCCCCUGACAACUCUGGGCACUGACCCCAGGACUUGCCCCAGCAGGUCUCCAAGCAGCCGCUCAGGGGGACCCGCCUGGGCACAUCCAGGCCUUUGAAAGCCUGGUCUCCUGGAAGGAAAGCAGGUUUUAGGACUGCAGUCCCAGCUAGCAUCCUGGUUUACCUGUCCUAGACUUGAGGGUUUAUGGGGUUUCUCACAUCCACUCAUCCCCCUGGGGUGUGGGCUGGCUGUGAGCAAACAAGGACCUGUUUAAAGGUUUGAGAGAGGAUCCCUUUUGUGAGGGCUGCUAUGCUGGAUGAGACGAAGCCUUCACCCCAGGCUUCAGGCCCUGUGGCUAGCCUCCCUAGUCACUCCUAACAGGAGCCUUGUAGGCCUGUGCAGUAUAGCAUGGCUUAGAGGCAGCCUGGAGUCCAAAGACCAGCACUCAAGCUCCAACUUUGCCAUUAAACUGCUGUGUGACCCCUCGGCAUGUGAUUGCUUUCUCUGGGCCCCGUAGCUGCUGUCCAAAGCCCUUUGGGUAAUGACAUGCUUUGAUUUUAGUCUUCUGAUGGAACCCUAGUGAGCAGAAAUUGACCAUGGCCUGUCAUGCCCUUCUCCUGCCCUUUCCUGCCCUCCCCUGCCCUGCUCUCAAAAGCCUGCUCACUCCAGCACCCUGGAGGGGCCUCUGGGUGGAUGAGGUCAGGCCAGUCACUCAUGUGCCAUUUCUAAUCUGAUCUUCAAAAACUGUGUACCAGGGCCUGGAGCACAGAAAAAAUUGGCAGGAGCCUUCUGGGAGGGUUCAAACUGCCCAGCUUUAUAGGAAGGCUGGGAAAGGAUUUGCUGGCUCCAUCAAUUUGCUGAGUCUCCUGUGACUACACCCCCUCUCUGCCUGCCUCAGGGUGAGAGUGAGAUUUCUCUUAUUUGGGUCCAAGAGGCAGCCCCACAUGGCCCAGGUGCCUUGAGAGCUGCAGAUCAGGUGCUGGAGCCGGGCCUGCAGGGCCCUCGAAUGGGCGUUCCGUCUCUCCUCUCCAGGGUGUGUUUGCACAUGGUGCAUGUGCAUGUGCCCUGUGUGUGUGCUUUUAUCCACAGGCACAUCAGGGUGCACCCCCUUGUGUGUGUGUGUGUUGUUUGUGUGUGUGUGCUUUCCUCACGUCCCAAGCUUGGACGCCUAGAGGUUGGCGGGUCUGUGUUCUGCCCUCUCUGAGUCCACAGGGUCAGUCGGUGUAUCUUCUACGUGCCUCUCCCUCUGCCUUCUCUCGAAGUGCCCCUGGCUCCAGAGCUCCGGGGCAGGGGUCCUCAUGAGGACUCGGAGGACCCUCCCCAUCUCCUGGAUGAUCCAGGGCUCUCUCGUCCCCUCCCCCAGCCCCAGGCAGCUGAGCCAGUUCCCUCGGCAGGCCCUCUGAAGGGAGGUGACCAGGAACUUGAGUGCAGGGAGCAGCUCUCCUAGGGACAAAGGGCUGGAUCCCCUGCCUGGGCCACGGACAUCAUUAUAUGUUCAGGGGAGGGGGUGUUUGGGGUUCCAGGGAUGACCCCAAUCCCACCUCUGUUUAUUCUGUAAACGACAACCUGUAAAUAACGUUUAGCAUUCCUCUUGUAACAAAAUUAAUUUUUAUGAAAUAAAUUAUAUUUCCUAGUCUAAUAAAAAAAAAAAUCCAGGUUGUAUUCUGCUGUCUUCGUGACUGUCUU